AUGGUGGUCCCCAACACCGCAGUCCUGCGCAAGGGACCUCAGAGGCUGGGCCUGGAGACCCCACCCCAUCUGGUAGCCACUGCAAAGCCGCUGCCCAUGACUCUUCCGUCUGCUCAAGAAGACCCGCCCACCUCCUCAGCCAGAGAUCCCAACUCCUUGCCAGGUGAGCGCCCAGUCUCACCCACAGCCCUGCCCCCAGGUGGUGCCAUGGAAGGAGCAACCCAGGCCGUCCUCUUUGUGCUGGCAGGCCUGCCCGCUGUGGAAGCCAGCGACCUGUUUGAGAAAGACAGUCCUUUCUACUACGACUGGGAGAGCCUGCAGCUGGGCGGCAUGAUCUUCGCGGCGCUGCUGUGCAUCAUAGGAAUUGCCUGGGCCCUGAGUGGCAAGUGCAAGUGCAAGUGGAGCAAGGGGCUCAGCCCCCCCGCCUGAGGGCACCUCAUUCCUCGAGGCAGGCGCCAGGGGCUGCUGAGCCCAGGACCAGCUGUGUGGGACUCGCUGCCCACCGCCUUGCUGCUGGCUCCCUCCCAGGAUGGCCUGGUCACUUCCGGAGCUUAUUUAUUAAACUAUCCCACCACUGUG